AGUGGUUCUAUCGAUCAUUUACUACUAACGGAUGCAGAGUUGUCAAAAGGUCAUAUUGAAUUUUUCAAAAUAAAUAGGGGAGGAGACAUUACUUAUCAUGGACCUGGACAGAUUACUGGUUACCCUAUAUUUGACCUAGACGAAUUUUUUACAGACGUGCAUAAGUAUGUGCGAAUGAUAGAAGAAGCAAUUAUACAAGUUCUGGCGCUAUAUGGACUCAAAGGUGAGCGCAUCGAUUCUUACACAGGCGUAUGGCUUCCGCCGAAUGAAACAUCUGAUCAAUACAGAAAAAUCUGUGCUAUUGGCGUCCACCUUUCUAGAUGGGUCAGUAUGCAUGGUUUUGCCUUCAACAUUAAUACGGACCUAGAUUACUUUAAUAAGAUCAUUCCAUGUGGCAUUGUGGAUGAAAACAAAACAGUGACUUCCUUAGCCAAAGAGCUUGGUCGUGAAGUUCCGCUGCAAGAAGUAGGAGGAAAACUUGUUUCAGUUUUUGCUGAUUUAUUUGAAUUUGAGCUGGUAAUUUAUAAAUCAUUCCUUAUGCGUGAAAAAUUAGUAGCUGAAUCUCGUACCAUUAUGACUGAAAUGAUCAUGCCCAAUGAUACCAACCCAAUGGGAAAUCUGAUGGGUGGAUAUCUGAUGAGGUGGAUGGAUAUUGCAUGUGCAGUUUGUGCAGCGCGACACUGCGAGUCACAAGUGGCAACGGCUUCGGUGGAUCAUAUUUCAUUUCAUGAACCUAUCAAACUUGGAGAUGUAAUCACGCUAACUGCUACGGUCACCCGUGCGUUCAAUACUUCUGUAGAAAUUUAUGUGGAAGUCUCAGCUGCUGAUAUUACA